GCGAUGAUGAUGGAAUACGGUGGCUAUUUUUCAAGUAGCGCCGUGGCUCAACAAUCAGGCGAUGUUCCAACAACUGCACCAUCUGCAGUUACAAAUUCAUUUUUCUAUACACCACAGUCACAUAAUAUUUAUCACCAAUAUGCAACUCCGUAUCUACAAAGUGGACGUGCCUUGACAACUGCUCACAAUACUUCAAGCUCUUCAGCGGGCAAUUCCACAUCUUCAUCAUCUUCCUCAUCAAACUACCGUAAUACAACACACGAUUCACUACAAGCUUUUUUUAAUACUGGUCUACAAUAUCAGUUGUAUCAAAAAUCACAAUUAAUUGGAAGUGAUACGAUUCAGAGGACAAGUAGCAAUGUUUUGAACGGACUGCCAAGAAGUUCUCUUGUUGGUGCUCUCUGCUCAACCGGUGGAGCUCCUUUGAACCCUGCCGAGCGUCGAAAACAACGCCGAAUCCGUACCACAUUCACAUCAGGACAACUGAAGGAGUUGGAAAGAUCAUUCUGUGAAACUCAUUAUCCAGAUAUUUAUACACGAGAAGAAAUUGCAAUGAGAAUUGAUUUAACUGAAGCCCGAGUUCAAGUGUGGUUUCAGAAUCGGCGGGCGAAGUAUCGAAAACAGGAGAAGAUCAGAAGAGUUAAGGACGAGGAAGAGGAUCCGUUGAAGAAGGAACCCGGGCAAAUUAGUUUAGAAGAGAUUAUUGAUCAAAUUUGAACAAAAAAUGUAAAAUAAUUGCUUGUGAUCUCUAUUUAUCUCUUCCUUUUUGUAAUUAUUCAAAAGUAGUGCUCACUUAAAAUUGUAUAAAAGUAAAAAACCGUGCUGAAUGUGUCUCUAUGUCAGUUUUUUGUCCAGAAUCCCAUUGCUUCUCACUUUUUCAAUUUAUUGUUUUUUUCAGGAAUAAAUAUAAGUUC